AUGAGACAAGCACCUAUGUGUGGCAAACGAAAACUCAGUUUACCUGAUGAUUAUGAUGACGAUAACGAUGAUAAUGACCAUGACGAUGAUCAUGAUGAUGACGAUGAUAACGAUGAUGGUGACGAUGACGAUGACGUUGACGUUGAUUAUGACGAUGACGAUGAUGCUGACGAUAACCAUGAUGCUGACGUUGACGAUGACGAUGACGACACUGUUGACGAUGACGAUGAUGACGAUCAUGAUGAUGACGAUGAUGACGAUGAUGAUGAUGUUGACGAUGAUGAUGACGAUGCUGAUGACGAUGACGAUGAUGAUGAUGAUGACUAUGAUGAUGAUGAUGAUUAUGAUGAUGAUUACGAUGAUGACGAUGAUGACGAUGAUGAUGAUGAUGACGAUGACGAUGACGUUGACGAUGAUGAUGAUGAUGACGAUGAUGAUGACGAUGAUGAUGACGAUGAUGAUGACUAUUGCAAUGAUAAUGAAGAUGAUGGUGACGAUGACGAUGACGAUGACGAUGAUCAUGAUGAUGACGAUGACAAUGAUGAUGACGUUGAUGAUAACGAUGAUGAUGACGAUGAUAAUAACGAUGACGAUGACGAUGAUCAUUAUCAUGAUGAUGACGUUGAAAACGAUGAGGACGAUGACGAUGAUGAUGACGAUGAUGAUGAUGAUGACGAUGACGAUGACGAUGACUAUCACAAUGACUAUUAUGAUGACGAUGACGAUAAUAAUGACAAUGACUACGAUGAUGACUAUUGCAAUGACUACGAUGAUGAUGAUCAUGAUGAUGACGAUGAUGACGUAGAUGAUGAUGUAGACGAUGAUGAUGAAGAUGCUGAUGACAAUGACGAUGAUGAUUAUGAUUACGAUGACAACGAUGAUGACGAUGAUAAUGACGAUGAUGAUGAUGACGAUGAAGAUGAUGCCGAUGAUGAUGACGAUGAUGAUGACGAUGAUGAUGACUAUUGCAAUGAUAAUGACGAUGAUGACGAUUUAUGA